AUGUUUGUUCUUCCGCCACCUCCCCCACGCUAUACCAUCCCUGUCGCUUAUGCGGCGGGGGCGGCAAACGGUAUGGCCGUGCCUGUUGUGGAAACGAACAAUACUGUCACCCACCCGGAGCCGGGGUGUCCGCUACAAGUCGGCGAGGCUCACGGCCUUAUCGCGACAGGAACAUAUAUCCUCCAGGAUGAUUUACUCCUCGCAACGCCACCUCCGCACCCCUCCGAAGCUCCUAUCAUCAACCCAAACCCUCUCGCAACACUACCUACACCCCCCACCUCCGGCGUUAAGCUAUCUCUUGUCAGCCUCGAUCCUCGAAAGAAGCCUCCAACCUUUUUGAAAUCGGGUGUCGCAGCUCCCCAGUUUGGAGACGGAAACCCUGCGCUUGCGGCGCCGCCGGUAGCAGCAAAGGACGCCUUAAAGCGGAGGAAGCCUAAAAACAACAUCAUCAAGAGUAGCUCAUCUUUUGUUUCGCGGGUUAUCACACAUGAGACGUCUGCCAAGCGGCUGGGUGAGCGUGACCCCAACGGUGUAUUUGCCUUUGCGAAUAUCAACCGAGCAUUCCAAUGGCUCGAUCUCAAUUCGCCAACGAAGGAGGAGCAUCUCACGAAAGUCCUUUUCACCAAGGCACACAUGCUCUGUCACGACAUCAACGAACACACUAAGACAGCAUCACACCUGGAUAUUGUGAUGGGCUCUUCUGCGGGUGACAUCAUUUGGUAUGAGCCCAUGACGCAGAAGUACGCUCGGAUCAACAAGAAUGGUGUGAUCAAUAACUCUCCUAUCACUCAGAUCAAAUGGCUUCCUGGAUCUGAGAACCUUUUUAUGGCAUCGUACGCCAAUGGUGUGCUGGUCGUAUAUGACAAGGAAAAGGAGGAUGCGCUUUUUGCCCCGGAGGUGAACGGUCAUUCCGAUCAGAAUAUCGGACGGUUACCCUUGGACAUCCUCAAGUCUGUGAACUCGAAAAAUCAGAAGACGAAUCCGGUCUCAUUUUGGAAACUGGCAAAUCAGAAAAUCUCAAGCUUCUCCUUUUCGCCUGAUCAAAGGCAUUUGGCCGUUGUUCUUGAAGAUGGAUCGCUGCGGCUUAUGGAUUACUUGAAAGAGGAGGUACUGGAUAUCUUCCGAAGUUACUACGGCGGGCUGAUCUGUGUGUGCUGGUCACCGGAUGGCAAAUACAUUGUGACCGGAGGCCAGGAUGACUUGCUUACGAUCUGGUCUUUCCCGGAGCGCAAGAUUGUUGCCAGAUGCCAAGGUCACAAUUCCUGGGUUUCGGGGGUAGCAUUCGACCCUUGGCGUUGUGACCAGAAGACAUAUCGCUUCGGUAGCGUCGGUGACGACUGCCGUCUUCUCCUGUGGGAUUUCAGCGUCGGCAUGCUCCAUCGUCCCCGGGCACACCAAGCAUCAACUCGAAACCGAUCCAGUAUCGUCAUCCCGAACUCACAAUCUGUCAACCGCCACCGCGCAGACAGCGGGGAUAAUCGCGUGCGCUCGGACUCUAAUGGAACCGAAAAAACCGAAGACAUUGACCCGACCGCGAGUCACCCUGUGGAACCUAGAUCCCGCACAGCUCUUUUGCCCCCAAUCAUGUCCAAAAUUGUCGGUGAAGAUCCCAUUUGUUGGCUCGGCUUCCAGAAAGAUUGCAUCAUGACUUCCUCUCUCGAAGGUCAUAUCCGCACCUGGCAUCGACCUAGCGACAGCGUUGUCAAGUCAUAA